AAGUGUCUGGCCCAUCAUUUGAGCCCAAAUAGGUACUAUGAAAGCAAAGCAGCCACUCCAAAACCCUAGUUGGUGUUCAUCAUCCUCAACUGCAGGUGCGGCUCUCUCUCUCUCAGCGUCGGAGACAACAAGCAGCAGCCAUGGGGAUUGAUCUGAAGGCAGGAGGUAAGAGCAAGAAGAAGAACAGAACAGCACCCAAGUCCAAUGAUAUCUACCUCAAGCUUCUAGUCAAGCUUUAUCGCUUCCUUGUUCGGAGAACUGGAAGCAAGUUUAAUGCUGUGAUACUCAAGCGCUUGUUCAUGAGCAAGGUUAACAAGCCUCCACUCUCAUUGUCAAGGCUGGUCAAGUUUAUGAAGGGGAAGGAUGGUAAGAUCGCUGUGGUGGUGGGGACUGUAACUGAUGAUAUUCGUGUUUAUGAGGUUCCAACCUUGAAGGUUACCGCUCUUAGGUUUACUGAGACAGCACGGGCAAGAAUAGAAAAGGCCGGUGGUGAAUGCUUGACAUUUGAUCAGUUGGCUCUUGCAGCUCCUCUGGGACAGGGCACGGUCCUUCUUAGAGGCCCUAAGAAUGCUCGUGAGGCUGUGAGGCACUUUGGUCGUGCUCCUGGUGUGCCACACAGCCACACCAAGCCUUAUGUGCGAUCAAAGGGAAGGAAGUUUGAGAUGGCUAGAGGAAAGAGGAACAGUCGAGGAUUCAAAGUUUGAUGCAGUAGUAUUUCUUUUCUGGUGUUUACUUCUGAAAUCCAGUGAAGGCACUUUUCAUGUUAUUUCUUAUAAGGAUUUUUAAGUAUGAAGAUUUUUGCUCUUCGUUCCCUUAUUCGAUGUUCAAGUGUUAUGUGGAGCUUACUCUUAACUCAAUUUUGAUGCUAGAGAAUGGAUAAUCGUUAAUCA